UUAAAUUCCUUAAAACUUUCCGAGCCACAUAUUGAACUUCACCACCCAAAAAAAAACCAAUGCACCCCUAUAUAAAACUCAUGUAGAGAAUUAACCAUCCUUUUAUCAUUCUUUGCUCAGAUUCAAAGGGAGAACAAAUCAAGAACAAGACCAACUUACUUGGCUUGUUCUCCCACAUUGUACAUUUAUUAAUAAUAAUCAUUGAAAAUGGGCAACUGUGCUGGCAACCCUAGGACCGACGAAAGUGACGCUCCAGUCCCUGUCCCUGAGCCUGUCACCGAGGAGGUUAAGGUUGAACAGCAAGCCAAGGAGACCAAAGCUGAGGAGACCGUUAAGGCCUCUGACGAUAAGUCUCUAGGCACCUUGCUCAGUGAGAAUAAAGAAAAGGCUGAAGUGAAGGGUGAAGCCAAUGAGGAAGCAGCCACCGUGGAGGUGAAGGCUGAAGCCAAGGGAGAAGAGAAAGCCCCCGAGAUUAAGGAAGAGGCAAAGCCUGAAGCCACUGAAGAGAAGCCUAAGCCUGAGGAAGAGAAGCCCAAAGCUGAGGCUGAGCUAAAAGCCUAAAUGGGAUGUCAGUCAAUUUGAUGCUUCAAAUAUACAAAAUUGUUAUGUGAUUCUUUUCCAUUUUGUGCUUCAAGACAAUUCAUUCAAUUAUUAUGGAAUUUGACUGAUUAUUUGAA